AUGGCUUCCCGUGGUCUCCCCCGUGCCCUCCGCCUCGCCCGCGUGGCUGCUCCUCGCUCGGUCGUCAACGCCGCUCUCCCCCGUCCCGCUCUGGCUAAGGCUGCUGCCAAUGCCGUUCCCCGGGUGACUCUUAACACUCCCUCCGUCCGCGGCCUCAAGUCCAUGACCUUCGCCGACUCCAAGGAGAUCGUCUACGAGCGUGCCGACUGGCCCCGUGAGAAGCUCCAGGAGUUCUUCAAGAACGACACCCUUGCUCUGAUCGGUUACGGCUCUCAGGGUCACGGUCAGGGUCUUAACCUCCGUGACCAGGGUGUCAAUGUCAUUGUCGGUGUCCGCAAGGAUGGUGCCUCGUGGAAGGAGGCCAUCCAGGAUGGCUGGGUUCCCGGCAAGAACUUGUUCGACGUCAACACCGCCGUCGAGAAGGGUUCCAUCAUCAUGAACCUGCUCUCCGACGCUGCCCAGAGUGAGACCUGGCCCGCCCUGAAGCCCUUGAUCACCAAGGGAAAGACCCUCUACUUCUCCCACGGUUUCUCCCCCGUCUUCAAGGACCUCACCAAGGUCGACGUCCCCAAGGACGUUGAUGUCAUCCUCGUUGCCCCCAAGGGCUCCGGCCGUACCGUCCGUACCCUCUUCCGUGAGGGCCGUGGUAUCAACUCCUCCAUCGCCGUCUUCCAGGACGUCACCGGCCAGGCCAAGGAGAAGGCCAUCGCCAUGGGUGUCGCUGUCGGCUCCGGAUACCUCUACGAGACCACCUUCGAGAAGGAGGUCUACUCUGACCUCUACGGUGAGCGUGGUUGCUUGAUGGGUGGUAUCCACGGUAUGUUCCUCGCCCAGUACGAGGUUCUCCGUGAGAACGGCCACAGCCCGUCUGAGGCUUUCAACGAGACCGUUGAGGAGGCCACCCAGUCUCUCUACCCCUUGAUCGGUAGCAACGGUAUGGACUGGAUGUACGCCGCUUGCUCCACCACCGCCCGCCGUGGUGCCAUCGACUGGUCCAGCCGCUUCAAGGACAACCUCAAGCCCCUCUUCGCUGAGCUCUACGAGAGCGUCCGCAACGGCACUGAGACCCAGCGUUCGCUGGACUACAACUCUCAGAAGGACUACCGGGAGAAGUACGAGAAGGAGAUGCAGGACAUCCGUGAUCUCGAGAUCUGGCGCGCCGGAAAGGCCGUCCGCUCCCUCCGCCCCGAGAACCAGAAAUAAAUGUAUUGAUACCAAAAGUGCCGGUUGGGUAAAAGUUACGACUGUACCAUGAAUUUGUUAUCUUCCAUUGUCUCAAUUGGAUUUCCAUAAUUACUAGUGAAUCAAAUUUUAUUACUUCAAAUCAUUCAUAUGAUGUAGCCAUCCUGCUAAUUGGAUAAUGAGCCAUGCAGUGGUAUAGUUAUCUGGGGAUGGGGAUAUGUACCUUUCCUUGGAAAAAGUUCCAUCUGCAUCGAACCUUAUAUACAUGCUACAGAUCAACCUCCAUAUCUAUUCUUUGCACAUGAUGAAUGCCGUUGAAGGUUAUAGGGAUUGCAAACCCGUGCAUUCUGCAUGUCCCCAAUCCCCGGUCAUGGUGCCCGGCGACUGGUGAGGCACGCCGC